AGUUGAGGUCACAGCAAUGCCCCUCCCUACUCCUCUCGCCUCGUCAUGUGUUUUAAAUCACAUCACAUUCUCAAAGAAAACAUGGACUGUCAGCAUGAUGAGAACUAGUCUGUAUAAUAUUAUUUAUAUGAAGCGAGCCCUAUUGUGAUAAUAAAUUCAUCUUGGAACUCAGUCAACCCAUACGAUUCUUCUUAAGAUAUUAUACAAAAUAUUAGAAAAUGAGAAAAAUCCUGCAAGCUUACUUACGAAUAUUGGACACUCAUCCAUGGAAAGUACACGCAAUCCAAACGGGUACUCUUAUGGCUGUUGGAGAUGUGAUGUCUCAAACCUUAGUGGAAAAAAAGAAAUUCAAAGAAAUGGAUCCGGUCAGAAUAGCAAGAUUCGGUGCCAUGGGAGUGGUUUUUAUGGGUCCAGGACUUUGGGCUUGGUAUAAAACCCUUCACAAGUUAGUGGGUCACUCGAAGAAAUACAUGGCUUUGAAAAAGGUGGCCCUCGAUCAACUUGUAGCGGCACCUCCUUUUUAUGUGGGAUUUUUAGUUGCGACGGGUGUGAUGCAGCAGCAGAGCCAAAAGGAAAUUGUUGAAAGGAUAGAGAAUGACUUCCUGGACAUUUUGGUGAAUAAUUGGAAGCUGUGGCCAGCAGUGCAGCUCGUAAAUUUUGGAGUUGUACCCCUACGUUUUCAAGUCUUGUUUGAGCAAGUUUUCUGCCUUGGUUGGAACACCUACUUGGCCUGGAAGUGCAAUCGGUAAUUUCUGUUUUAUAUGUCAAAGUCAUUCGAGUAAAAUACUUUCAGGGAUUAGUUUUUGAAAAUUCUUGCCUAUUAAAUAUCCUCAAGAAAUUUUUGUUGUUAAAAUUACCAUUUCAUUAGAUAUAAAUAAAAUGAUAAGACUAUUGAAUAU